AUGGCGAGUCAGAAUCUGGUUGUGGUUUUGAAGUAUAUCUCUGUGUUGUGUGGCCGUAUUGACAAUGCAGCAGCUGCACAAAAACUAAACAGAAUUCAUUUCAGGUUGAGAAAGAAUCCAUUUGAAAGCAGCAGCAUCUCCUUGGGUUCAAAGAUGCUUCUUUACUGUGCUGCUUUCUUGUGCAUCCUUAUCAUCUUUAAUGGAGGUGUUGUCGCAUCGCCUUUAACACUUGAGGAACUCGCUUCAAAAAUUGGCAAUCAUCACAUGCUGAGGAAUGUAACUCCUGCUCUUCUGAAAAAUGUCCACAAACCUGAAAUUUAUGAAGAAUAUCUGGCAAGAGACUGCAGGGCUGCUUUUCGCCGUGGUAGGAGGGAAAGUGGCCUGUACGUCAUCCGUCCCAAACACUCUCCCUUACUUGUGGUCUACUGUGACAUGGAAUAUGAUGGAGGAGGCUGGACUGUGUUGCACAGAAAUGACGUCAACCAAAAAUUACUUUGGUCAAGCACAUGGAAAGAUUAUAAAAAUGGCUUUGGGGACCUAGCAACAGAUCACUGGCUUGGCAAUGACAAUAUCCACCACUUAACCAAACACAAUGCCUACUCUGUGCGGUUCCUCAUAGUUGACAGCGAGGGGGAAAUGAAGCAUGCUGACUACCAUAGCUUCAAGGUAGAUAGUGAAGGUGCUGGCUAUGCACUCAGGCUAGGGAACUAUUCAGGGGAUGCAGGGGAUGCUUUGACCACAGUAGGAGAAUCAGGUGUCCAUGAUAACAUGAGGUUUUCCACCCAUGACCAGGAUAAUGACCGGAGGACCAACACAAACUGUGCAUUAGACAAUGCUGGUGGCUGGUGGUACGAUAACUGUUACUCAGCGCUUCUAAACAGCGGCAGCCACAUACGUUGGAGAGGAUUGUGCACAGACAUUAGAAAGUGUAAAUCAGCAGCCAUCCUGAUUAGACCAAAUGGACAAAAUUGCAACCUACCGUCAAGAUUCUAAUAUCUUUGAGAUAUGAAUUGUUGCUUACAACUUUAAAGUUUUUCUUUUACUUUAUAUAAGCCCUAAGAAUCAUCUACUAAUAUGCUGUUUGUAUCGUUUGAAGAUUUAGAGUAUGGUACCUUGAGAAUUUCUCUUGCACAGUUUCCAGUGGGAUAAAAUUCGAGCAGCCAAAAGUACAGCUCUCAUUCUUUUCAAUACUGAUAAUUCAGGUAAACUUCAUUGGGAAGUUUGAUUUUAUUGUUUCACCUGUUUCAAAAUAGCUAUAAAGAAUUUCAGCCCGACAGUAUAAAGCCAGUGCUAAAUUCAAGAGCAAUGAAAUAGUUCAUGUAUCUCCAUGUUAGAAACAAUGACAGGCUGUUGAAAACAGAAGAAGUUGAAGUGUAGAGUUGAUAUAUCUUAACCUCUCUAUCUUGAAAUGCAAAAACAUAAACUUUACUUAUGAUUUACAAAUACCUGUAAUAAAAGAAGAUA